AUGUGUCAUGGUACACUUAUUUUUUGCAUGUCUCUCACGUCUCUUGGUACCCUUUUAUUUUCUCGCAUCUCUCUCACGUGUCAUGAUCUUGGUACCCUUUUAUUUUCUCGCAUCUCUCUAACGUCUCUUGGUACCCUCUUGUUUUUUCACAUCUCUCUCUCAUAUUCCUUGUCUCUCUUCUGUCAAUUUUAUCUUUCUUUCUUUUGCUGUUUAUUUGUUAGUUUUUUUCCAUUUUCCUCAUAUUUUCUAUUGAAUCCACUCCUGCUUUUUUUUUCUCAAACAUUCAAAAUUCAUUUACUUUCUUUUUUUUAUCUUUUCUUUUUCUAUCAAUUCUUCCUUCCUCCACACAACACUUUCUAUCUUUUCUUCCUUCACCUCCUACUUACUUUGUAUUCUUCUCCCUUCGCUAUCUUUUUCCAUUUCUCCUCUUUAUUCCUAGUACUUCUUUCUCUCUCUUUUUUCUCCCUUUUUCUUUUCACUAUGUUUUCCUUUCUUCUCUCUCUUUCUAGUAUCUUUUUUCUCCCUUUCUCUCUCUAUCAUUUUUCUCUCCCUUUCUCUCUCUAUCAUUUUUCUCUCCCUUUCUCUAUCAUUUUUCUCUCCCUUUCUCUCUCUAUCAUUUUUCUCUCCCUUUCUCUCUCUAUCAUUUUUCUCUCCCUUUCUCUAUCAUUUUUCUCUCCCUUUCUCUCUCUAUCAUUUUUCUCUCCUUCUCCUCUUUCUUAUUUAUUUAUUUCCCCUGCUUCACUUAUUCCUUCAUUUGUCUUAACUUUCUUCCCGCUCAAAGAAUUUCUAUUUACCCUUCUCUCUCUCUCAAAUGAUGUGUCCAUCCUUCUCUCUCUCUCUCAAAUGAUGUGUCCACCUUUCUCUCUCUCAAAUGAUGUGUCCACCUUUCUCUCUCUCUCUCUCUCAAAUGAUGUGUCCACCUUUCUCUCUCUCUCUCUCUCUCUAAUGAUGUGUUCACCCUUCUCUCUCUAA